AUGAAACGGCACAUCACAUCUCUCCAUAUCUAUCUAUCAGUCUUCUUCAGGACUCACUCCAUUCAAAGUAUUACUCCUUUUUAUCUUCUUUCCUUAAUCCUUCUAUCUAUCUGUAUAUCUAUCUAUCUAUCUAUUAGUCUUUUUCUUCUUGACUCACUCCAUUCAAAGUAUUACUCCUUUUUAUCUUCUUUCUUUACUCCUAUCUAUCUAUCUAUCUAUCUAUCUAUCUAUCUAUCUAUCUGUCUAUCUCAGUCUGUUUCUAUCUAUCUACCACUGCUUGUUCAUAUCUAUCUAUCUAUUUUAUUCAGUUUCUAUUUAUCUAUCACUGCCUAUUCGUAUCUACCUAUCUAUCUCAGCCUGUUUCUAUCUAUCUAUCUAUCUAUCUAUCUAUCUAUCUAUCUAUCUAUCUAUCUAUCUAUCACUGCCAGAAUGGCAAAGAGAGAUAAUUUACAGAAUGUAAAAAGGUCUACACAUACUUUCCCUUUCUCUUUCUCUCUCUCUCUCUUUCUCUGUCACCUCUCUCUCUCUCUCUUCUCUCUCUCUCGCUCUCACUCUCUCUCUCUCUUAACACACACACACACACACACAGUAAAUUACAAAUACGGACACACAUUUUCCUCCCACACAUUUUCCUCCCACACAUUUUCCUCCCACACAUUUUCCUCCCACACAUUUUCCUCCCACACAUUUUCGAGUUUUUUUUUCUUUUCGUUCAUUCUUCCUAAAUUCUUUCUCUUUCCACUUGAAUUGCUCUUAUUCGUUCUCUUCCCCUCUCUCUACUCUCUUUCUCUCUCUCUCUCUAUAUAUAUAUCUUCCCCUCUCUCUACUCUCUUUCUCUCUCUCUCUCUAUAUAUAUAUCUUCCCCUCUCUCUACACCUCUAUUUCAUUCUCUCGUUACGUUCUUUUGAACGCUUAUUCUCUACUGUUUUUCACACUCUCUCUUUCUCCCUCUUUUUCACACUCUCUCUUUCUCCCUCUUUUUCCACUCUCUCUUUCUCCCUCUUUUUCCACUCUCUCUUUCUCCCUCUUUUUCCACUCUAUCUUUCUUUAGCGUUCUUUCUAAUCUCUCACUUUCUCUAUUACACAUACUUUUUCCUCUUCAUCUUCAGUCUUUUUCUCCUUCAGUCUUUUUUCUCCUUCAGUCUUUUUUCUCCUUCACUCUUUUUCUCCUUCAAUCUUUUUUUCUCCUUCAAUCUUUUUUUUGUCUCCUUCACUUUUUUUCUCCUACAUUUUCUCUGUUUUUCUUUAUUCUUUUUCUCCCGCCUUCUUUUCUUCCUCUUUUUCUAUGUAUCUUUUACGCGAGUUGACAUCAAAUUGAUUUCCAUUUCUUUUCCACACUUCUCAUUUAAACACUUCCUUCUCUCUUUUACUCAUUGUCCUUUCUUUUCUCUCUCACGUUUCCUCUUUUCUUUCUUCUUCUUUACACAAAUUCAAUUUCACAUACGGUCCGGCUGCAACAGAGAUAUAUACUUUCUUCCUCUCUCUGGUUUUCUCUUUUCUUUCUUUCAAACACAGGCUGUAUUCUCAGCGUAG